AUGGUGCUGCCCUCCUUUCCCUGGAAAAGCAUCAACAGAGUGGACAAGGUCCUCGGGACGGAGCCAGAUCUUGGGGAAGAGCUGGCUUUGGCAAGAAUCAACGACCUCUGUCGAAGUGUACAACAAGUCCAUGCUCCUGGAGCAUUCAUUGUCAUCGCCACCGAUGGCCUUUGUUACAAUGAUAUUCUCGGUAUACCUGACGAAGAUGCCUGGAACUACGGAUCCGCAAUUCGAGCACUUGCAAGAGAGCGUGGGUAUUCAUGCAUCAAGUUCUCUCGAUUGAUGAAUCUGCUCGGACUCUACACCGAGCCGGAGAUAUCGAAGGAAAAGUACUUGGAGCUCUGUGAACCCGCUCGAAGACAGCUCGCCUCGACCUACGGCGACCCAAGUUUCGAUGCCGACGCGUUUCUGAAGACUGAUGAGGAUUACAUGCGCACCUACCUGGGUUACUCCAAGUUUUUGACCAAAGACUUGGCUUACAGUCCUGUCGUGGCCUCUCUUCCAAGCCGCAAGAAGUUCAAAGCACUCGUAAAGGUCAUUGGAAAGGAAAUGAUUGCCGGGGGUGUUGUGAGUUGA